UGUAGGCAGGGUUUGUGCCACCCCCUAGCCUUUCCCUCUGGAUCAGUGAGGGCUCCUCCUCCAUCCUGCCCUGAGCUGGGUGUCAGGUAAGCAGGGCUGUGGCCUGAUGAUAUUCCCCAUCCCCCCCUCCCCCCCAGUUAAGAGAGCAGCUCCUGGUGUUGCAGCUUGGCUCUGGGGUCUGCCUUGUAUCCCAGUGCCAGUCUGCCUCUGCUGGCAGUGCUUAACCAAAGUCUGCAUGAGCUUGCCCCGCCGGGCUUGGUCUGGGGCUUUUCCUUCCCCCAGGGCUGUGAGGGCUGAGGCAGGCAUGAGCUCGGGCAGCACAGUGAGAGGCAGUGCUGCAAGAUGUGUGCCCUGCUCUGCAGGCUGGGGAAGGCUUUAGUCCCAGCUCCUGGGCACCUCAAAGCCUGGGCAGGGGGAGGAACGAGGUGUGCCUGGGGCUGGGAGAGGCACUCGGAGGAUGCCUCUCCCUUCCCUGAUUUGUAAAUCCUUCCCUGCUCUAGGGGAAGUGCCCCGGUCCCAGGUGCUCGGCUCCCAGCUGGCUGGUGCAGGUUCUGGCCCACGGAGCUGUAUCUUGUCUCCCCGAGGCUGGGCUGUCCCCCCUCAGGGGAAGGGGUUGCUCUGGCCUGGUGCCAGGCAGGGUGCUGAGCGCUGCUCCCCUGGCACUUCGGCUCGCAGAAAGCCCUUCUCUCUGCGCAGCCCCCCCACUGCCUGCAGCUCGGUCUGUUUCUCCAGUCUCCUUGGUGACAAUCUCAUUGCUCUUCGGCUUCUCUCCAGCACCCUAAAAUAGCUGCCGGGGUGCGAGGACGAAAGGGGAGAGGCAUGCUCCCUUCCCUGCUGCCAGCACCCCUUUGGUAGCCGGGCCGGAGCCAGGCGGCCCUGGCUCAGUGGCUGUCUCUUACAGCUGCACUAAGCAGUCUGUCCCCAUCGCACCCCCUGCAUUGCUGCAUGGCAAGUGCCAGGCAGGACUGGGCCACUUGCUGUGCCUUUGUGCUGCCCUGGGCCUAGCCAUGCCCUGAUGCUGCUGCCCAGCCCCCUGUCUUCAUCCCUCCUCUUCCUCCCUGCACCCCACCCUCUUGAGGCGGGGGCUUUGCCCCUCUUAUCCUUGGCUGGGUGCUUGGGGCUGGUUCCCCCCUCCCUUCUUGCAAUCAGCGUGUAUUUUGGGAAGCUGUCAACUGUGAUUUAAACCCUGGCCUGGCCUGGCAGGGUCACAGAGUGGUUGAGGUUGGAAGGGACCUCUGGAGAUCAUCUCAUCCAACCCCGCUGCUCAAGCAGGGUCACCUAGAACAUGUUGCACAGGAUCGCGUCCAGGCGGGUUUUGAAUAUCUCUGGAGAAGGAGAUUCCACAGCCUCUCUGGGCAACCUGCUCCAGUGCUCUGUCACCCUCACAGCAAAGAAGUUUUUCCCCAUAUUCAGAUGGAACUUGCUGUGUUUCAGUUUGUGCCCAUUGCUUCUUGUCUUGUUGCUGGGCAUCACUGAAAAUAGUCUGGCCCCAUCCUCUUGACACCCUCCCUUUAGGUAGCUGUAUAUGUUGAUAAGAUCCCCUCUCAGUCUUCUCUUCUCCAGGCAAAACAGGCCCAGCUCUCUCAGCCUUUCCUCGCAAGAGAGAUGCUCCAGUCCCCUAAUCAUCUUUGUAGCCCUACGCUGGACUCUCUCCAGUAGUGCCAUGUCUCUCUUGUACUGGGGAGCUCAGAAUUGGGCACAGCACUCCAGAUGUGGCCUCACCAGGGCUGAGUAGAGGGGGUGGAUCACCUCCCUUGACCUGCUGGCAACACUUCCUAAUGCACCCCAGGAUACCACUGGCCUUCUUGGCCACCAAGGCACAUUGCUGCCUCAAGGUUAACUUGUUGUCCACCAGGACCCCCAGGUCCUUAUCCACAGAGCUGCUCUCCAGCAGGUCAGUCCCCAGCCUGUCCUGGUGCAUGGGGUUAUUCCUCCCUAGGUGCAGGACCCUGCACUUGCCUUUGCUGAACUUCAUGAGGUUCCUCUCCGCCCAGCUGUCCAGCCUGUCCAGGUCUCUCUGAAAGGCAGCUCAGCCCUCUGGUGUAUCAGCCACUGCUCCCAGUUUGGUAUCGUCAGCAGACUUGCCGAGGGCACGCUCUGUCCCUUCAUCUGGGUUACUGAGGAAUAAGUUGAACAGCAUCUCCCACUUGCUGCCCUGUGACCUGGGGACCCUGCAGCCCCCCUGUGGGCUGGGCUGCAGCCGUCCCCGUGGUCAGCCGGAGCCACUGUGUCCCUGGGCUCCCCAUGGGCAGGACCAGCGGCCACAGGCCCGCACGCCCACGGCGGCUCCUGGCCUGGCACGGCAGCCAGCCAAGGGGUUAUUUGAACCUUCCUGAAAUAGAAACGGAGCCGGGAGCAAGCAGAGGGUGGGAGGCGGUGGCCCAGCGGGGCGAGGAAAGAGGUUCCCCACUGGCAAUGAGAUCCCCCCCAACAUGACACCGUGGGGAAGGGCUGAACCAAAGAGGACUCAGGGGUGGCGCUGGGGAUGUGGGACCCCAGGGGCAAAGGGACCAGGGUCUGGGCUGAGCUGUCCCCCUGUCCUCAGCUGCUGUGGCUGCUCCCAGCCUGGGACAGGGGCCUGCCCUCCUCCCGCACCCCUGAGGGCGGUGAGGGUAUGAUAGCCCCCAUCUCCAUUCCUGCUGGCAUCCCUGGGGGCAGGCAGGGUGGGGGGCAGUGUGGUCCAGGCCCCAGCAGCAUCUGAGCAUGCAGGGCUGCAUCCUGCGAGGUGCUGAGUGCUGCCUGUGGAGGAAAGGGUUCUGCGAAGGGCAGGUUUUCUGUCCAUCACCCCCCGCAUCCCCAGAGCCACUGCUGUCCCCCCAGGCCGCCGCCCCCAGCAGGGGCUGUGGUCUGGGGCGGCACGGCGGCGGCUGCAGGCGCGGCAGCCCAGCGGCCCCCCCCCGGCGGUGGCGGGGACAUGGCUGGCAUUGCUCACUGACACCCUAUCUGCCAGGCCCCGGAGCAGCCGCUGGCCCAGAAUAGCAGCACUGCCCUGCAGUCGGCAUGGAGCAGCUCCCGAGCCCCACUGCUCCCCAGAUGUCGCUGCUGAAUGCUGAUGCCCGCCCAGAGGAGGAAGGUCCAGCUGCAGGGUUUCUGGAGGCGCCAUGCACCAAGGAGGAGGAGGAAGAGGACGAGGACAGGUGGAGGGGCACGAGGCCCAUCACCUUCACGCUGGGCAUCGAGAUGCUGGGGCUGGGGCCGGGCCCGGACAGUGAGUUUCAGAGCCCCGACGCCGAGGUCUACAUGCACUUCAUGAGGAGCCACUGCUGCUACGACGCCAUCCCCACCAGCUGCAAGCUCGUCGUCUUUGACACCACCCUGGAGAUCAAGAAGGCCUUUGUGGCGCUGGUGGCCAACGGGGUGCGGGCAGCCCCGCUCUGGGACAGCAAGAUGCAGAGCUUCGUGGGGAUGCUCACCAUCACUGACUUCAUCAACAUCCUGCACCGCUACUACCGCUCGCCCCUGGUGCAGAUCUACGAGGUGGAGGAGCACAAGAUCGAGACGUGGAGAGAGGUGUAUCUGCAAGGCUCCUUCAAGCCACUGGUCCACAUCUCCCCGAGCGAUAGCCUCUUCGACGCUGUCUACUCCCUCAUCAAGCACAAAAUCCACCGGCUGCCUGUGAUCGAGCCUGUCUCGGGGAACGUCCUGCACAUCCUCACUCACAAGCGCAUCCUCAAGUUCCUCCACAUCUUCGGCUCCACCAUCCCCAAGCCGCACUUCCUGAAGAAGACGGUGCAGGAGCUGUGUGUCGGCACCUUCCGCGAUGUGGCCGUCGUGCCCGAGUCUGCCCCCAUCUAUGCCGCACUGGAGAUCUUUGUGGACCGCCGCGUCUCCGCACUGCCGGUUGUCAACGACGCAGGGCAAGUGGUCGGCCUCUACUCAAGGUUUGACGUCAUUCACCUGGCAGCCCAGAAGACCUACAACAACCUGGACAUCAGUGUGCGGGAGGCCCUGCGGCAGCGCAGCAUCUGCCUGGAGGGGGUCCUGAUCUGCUACCCCCAUGAAACCAUGGAGGACAUCAUCGACCGCAUUGCCGAGGAGCAGGUCCAUCGUCUGGUGCUGGUGGACGAGAACCGGUACCCGCGGGGCAUUGUCUCCCUCUCCGACAUCCUCCAGGCCCUCGUGCUCACACCCGCAGGUAUUGAUGCUCUUAACUCUUAGCCCACGAUGCUCCGGCUUUCUCCAGUUGCACCCUCCAUUUCUCUCCACUUCAGGCAUUGACUGAUGCUCGCUCCGAAGACGCCACGAAGCACCACUGGCUUGCCCGACUCGGGAGCCUCUCGCGUGGCCCUGGCUAUGCCCCGGGCCGCAUCAGGGCUGUGGAAGGAGGCUCGGAGGCUCCCUGUGGAGGGGGUCUGCCCACCCCCUCGGCCCCGGGACUCACCUCGAGGCCCCGGGAGCGUCUGCCCCGAGGGUGCCGGCGGGGAUACUGGGCAGGCGCCGUGCCACAGGGCGCUGCACUGCACCCCAGCGGGGACCCACAGCACCCCGGGGGCUCGGCUGCGCCGUCUCCCCCAUCCCGGCCACCCCGGGCCCAUCCUGCUGCUGGACCGGAGAGCUUUGGCCCCCUCUGCCCGCCGGCACGUGCUGCCGGCCGUGCCUGGUGCCCCGGGCUGGGGGUGGGACGCGCGUGGGUAGCACAGGUGCCGCUGCACGCACCGGCUUGUUUAUUGUAGGGUCGCGCGGGGCUGGAGCCCCCUGGCAGAGGCUGGUGCCUGGACAGUCCUCAGAGCUGGCAGUGGGGGGACCCUUCAGGUGUUUGGGGUGGGGGGUUCGCUGUCCCGUUCAGCCACGUGCUAAUAAACCAGUCUUCUCCAG